CCUGAGUCUUCUUCUCUUCCAGCAGUUUACCAUGGCGUCCUACCUGAUCACCGGCGCCUCUCGCGGGAUUGGAUUCGAGAUCGCUCGCCAGUUGGCUGCCAAGCCCGCCACCGAGGUGGGAACGAUCUUUGCGACAUCGCGAUCCCUCAAUGCCAGCCUGGAAGAGCUCGCUGAACAGCAUCCCGGACGCGUCGCCCAUGUUCCGAUCGACGUGACGGACCCCAAUAGCAUCCGGGAUGCCGUGCAGGCGGUGGAGCGCACACUGGAUGGCAAGGGACUGGACGUGCUCAUCAACAACGCCGGUGUGACGGCUUGGUGCCCCAUCGAAGCCAUGCAAGACCUGGAGGACACCUUCCGGAUCAACGUGAACGGACCACAUAUCAUGAUCCAGGCAUUCCUCCCGCUGCUGCGCCGGGGGCAGAUGAAGAGAGUCAUCAACAUUUCCACCAGCGUCGGCUCGAUCGCCAAGCAGAACGUCUUCGGCGUCCUCCCGACCCCCGCAUACAAGAUCACCAAGGCGGCCUUGAACAUGAUGACGGUGAUCUACGCCCAGGAGCUGCGGCACGAGGGAUUCACCGUGUACUGCAUCAGCCCGGGGGUAAGUGGUCAUUAUCCUGGCGGGUCGUCUGCGAGCGAAGCUGAUGCCGGACAGUGGUUGAAGUCCAACGAAGCGAACGCGCAUGCGGAUCUGCCCGUGGAGACGGGGGUUCGCUGCGUGCUGGACUCGAUUCGGACCUCGGGGACGGAGGCGAACGGGCGAUUCUUGAAUAUCCAUGUGCCUGGGUGGGAGCGGAACCCGGGGCUGAACCAGUAUGAUGGGUUGGAUCUGCCGUGGUAGGAGGUUGUCGGUGUGUGUGUGUGUGUGUGGGGUGGUAGAUAGGAUGUGUCAAACCAUGUCUCCUUACGCCUAUGUAGAUAGUAGUAGGUGUCUGGACACCUGUUCAGUAGAGCGAUUCGGCGAUGCCAUAUAGCUGCUAGGGGCAUCCGAGAAGUGGCCAUCAAUUUCGAAUGCUUUGGAUCGCAGAGGGGCAGCAGCCAUUGCCAUGGGCAGUAUUUCGAUGCGGG